AAUGCCAUAACAUAACAUCAACAACAGUUUCCAGCAUUAUGGGGUUAAUUAACAAUGUAAUACUACAUAUCACAGGACACCUGUUUUCGGUUCUGACAUUGAGAGACAGUUAACUGAUAUUGGCAGCACUUGGUUCUCUGAAGAAAUGCUGGGGCUGCCACUAGUGCACAACCCGCAUCUAACCCCUCUCCAGACAGAAACAGAACUGUUCAGGUGUGUCUCUGUUGUGGAAACAUGUUCAACUACUGCCCUGGGAAGGGCCACACCUGGAAGAAGGGUCCUGUGAGCAGAGAGCUAGGCUGACUUGGAUGGAUAAGUUGGAAUAUUUAUGAAGGUAUGGGCUGGGUUUUGGAUAGCAGGACAAACCCUGAUGAAUGCAGGAUUUUGUAACUGCAGCAAUAUCCAUUGAAAUGGGGGACUUGUCUUUGAAAGUACCCUUUUAAUAACUUAGGUUUGUCAUUUGGAUGGAUUUUAUGAAAAAUUGUGGUGGUUCUUAAAUAUGUCAAUGUAUUUCCUUAAAACCUUACAUGUUUUGGGGGGAUAGGGAAGAUAAAGAUUGACCAGCUUCAGAAUUUGGUUGGUCUGAAGUGAUACAAAUUUCCAGCUUUCAGCAUAUGACACUAGCAGGAAGGACUUUAAUCUGUUUUCGUAACAUAGUCACUGUAGUGUUUCAUAUUUUAAAAGGCAGGAAAAUAUAAUUGACUUUAUUUUUUAAUCUGGGCAGCUUUAUGAAUUAGACCUAGUAACCCAAUUUGCUAGAAUGUAAAUCUUUAAGCAUUAUGUCUAGCUCUUUUUUUUCCUUGCCAGUAAAAUGUGUUUUUAAGUACUAUGGCCUGUUUGGAACAAUCUUGAAAUGAGUUGACAUUAGUAUCAUCUGUAGUUCACUGUUGAGUUUCAAAGGACAACGCUUGACUUCACCAGAACACAGCUGCUUUUUCAAGCAUGGACAGACAUUUCACUGGAAGAUGAUGUUUGUACUGACGAGAAAUCAGCUAGAUGUCAAUGUGUUAGGUUGAGUAAUAAUUAUAUUUCAUGUUGAUCUAUCAGCUACAAUUAUAAUUAACUUUGAAGAUCAGAAUUUCUCUUUUCCAGGAGAAAGCCCAUCAAAUUCAUAAACUUUGUUUUAGGUAAAUUUAAGUGUCUAUUUUGCAGAGUGGUUGUCUUAAUCCAGGACUGAGAAUUGCAUAAAUGAAGAUGAUUUAUUACCCAGUGGUUGAAACUGUUUUGUUGAGGUUUGGAAGGGUUGGUACAAUAGGCUUCACUAGACUUAGCUGCAACUCAGAAUUUCUCCUCCAGCACCUGAGUAAAUGCUGAUGGUCUUGUGGAGAGUGGAUUAAGAGUACGAGCUAAGUUCUCAAUCCCAAUUAAGAAGCGGAGGAAAAUUUAAACUGUCUCCUUCCAAGUUUAUCACAACCACCACCAUCGAGACAGCAAACCAAAGGACAAAGACUUUGACCUGCUGUAUUGUUCUGUGUAGUCCAGUUCACAGACUUGGCUGGGGUUACUAAUAAGUAAAUAAAAAGUCGGACACUUCUGUCAUUGGAUUCUUACUCACAAGUUCCCAGAAUGAGGGCUGUACUGGAGACAGCAGACAUUGCCAUAGUGGCCCUGUAUUUUAUUCUGGUCAUGUGCAUUGGGUUUUUUGCCAUGUGGAAAUCUAAUAGAAGCACCGUAAGUGGAUACUUCCUGGCGGGGCGCUCUAUGACAUGGGUAGCCAUUGGUGCCUCUCUGUUUGUGAGCAAUAUUGGGAGUGAGCACUUCAUUGGGCUGGCAGGAUCUGGAGCGGCAAGCGGAUUCGCAGUGGGUGCUUGGGAGUUCAAUGCCUUACUGCUUUUGCAACUUUUGGGAUGGGUUUUCAUCCCAAUUUACAUCCGGUCGGGGGUAUACACCAUGCCAGAAUACUUGUCCAAGCGAUUCGGUGGCCAUAGGAUUCAGGUCUACUUUGCAGCCUUGUCUCUGAUUCUCUAUAUCUUCACCAAGCUCUCAGUGGAUCUGUAUUCAGGCGCCCUCUUUAUCCAGGAGUCUUUGGGUUGGAACCUUUAUGUGUCUGUCAUCCUGCUCAUUGGCAUGACUGCCUUACUGACUGUCACCGGAGGCCUUGUUGCAGUGAUCUACACAGACACCUUACAGGCCCUGCUCAUGAUUGUUGGGGCACUCACACUUAUGGUUAUAAGCAUGAUGGAGGUUGGCGGGUUUGAGGAAGUUAAGAGAAGGUACAUGUUGGCCUCACCCAACGUCACAUCCAUCUUGUUGACAUACAACCUUUCAAACACAAAUUCUUGUAAUGUCCAGCCUAAGAAAGACGCCUUGAAAAUGUUGAGGAAUCCAACAGAUGAAGAUGUUCCGUGGCCUGGAUUCAUACUUGGACAGACCCCCGCCUCGGUGUGGUAUUGGUGUGCUGACCAAGUCAUCGUGCAGAGGGUCCUAGCUGCCAAAAACAUUGCUCAUGCCAAAGGCUCUACUCUUAUGGCUGGCUUUUUGAAGCUUCUGCCAAUGUUUAUCAUAGUUGUCCCAGGAAUGAUAUCCAGGAUACUGUUUGCUGAUGAUCUAGCUUGCAUCAACCCGGAGCACUGCAUGCAGGUGUGUGGAAGCAGAGCCGGAUGCUCUAAUAUCGCUUACCCACACCUGGUGAUGAAGCUGGUUCCUGUGGGCCUUCGGGGCUUAAUGAUGGCGGUGAUGAUUGCAGCUCUGAUGAGUGACCUGGACUCGAUCUUUAACAGUGCCAGUACCAUAUUCACCCUUGAUGUGUACAAACUCAUCCGCAAGAGUGCAAGUUCCCGGGAGCUAAUGAUUGUGGGGAGGAUAUUUGUGGCUUUUAUGGUGGUUAUCAGCAUAGCAUGGGUGCCGAUCAUCGUGGAGAUGCAAGGAGGCCAGAUGUACCUUUACAUCCAGGAAGUGGCAGAUUACCUGACACCUCCUGUGGCAGCCCUGUUCCUUCUGGCGAUUUUCUGGAAGCGCUGCAAUGAGCAAGGGGCUUUCUACGGAGGAAUGGCUGGAUUUUUGCUUGGAGCAGUCCGUUUGAUACUGGCUUUUACAUACCGUGCCCCAGAAUGUGACCAGCCUGAUGAGAGACCCAGUUUCAUCAAAGACAUCCAUUACAUGUAUGUGGCCACAGCAUUGUUCUGGAUCACAGGACUCAUCACUGUGAUUGUUAGCCUCCUCACCCCACCUCCCACGAAGGAGCAGAUUCGCACCACCACCUUUUGGUCCAAGAAGAACCUGGUGGUGAAGGAGAGCUGCUCUGCCAGAGAGGAACUGUACAAAAUGCAGGAGAAGAGCAUGCUGAAGUGCAGUGAGAAUAGUGAGGCCAAAAACCACAUCAUUCCCAAUGGGAAGUCUGAAGAUAGCAUCAAAGGCCUUCAGCCAGAAGACGUCAAUCUGUUGGUGACCUGCCGAGAGGAGGGCAACCCAGUGGCAUCCGUGGGCCACUCUGAGGCAGAAACACCAGUAGAUGCUUACUCCAACGGGCAAGCAGCUCUCAUGGGAGAGAAAGAGAGAAAGAAGGAAAUGGAGGCUGGCAGCCGCUACUGGAAGUUCAUAGACUGGUUUUGUGGCUUUAAGAGUAAGAGUGUCAGCAAGAGGAGUCUCAGAGACCUCAUGGAGGAGGAGGCUGUUUGUUUACAGAUGUUAGAGGAGACCCCCAGAGUGAAGCUGAUACUCAACAUUGGACUUUGUGCUGUGUGUUCACUUGGAAUUUUCAUGUUUGUCUAUUUCUCCUUAUGAACUUAAGAUACGGUGAGACACUUAAGAAAAUACUGGUCUUUGGAAAAAAAUUAUGUGACUGUUGCAUCUCUCAGGCAUUGUUUACGCUGUAGGUUUUAGUCAAAUUUUACUUAGCAGAAAAUCAUCUAUUUGCGAGACUUUAUUUUUCCCAGAGAUGGAAGAAAGUAAAUCUUCAAUUUAAAUGAAGCAAACCUUGUUUAACAGACUGACUUGUGCAAAUGUGGUUUUAAAUUUUCCAUACCAAAGUAAGGAAAGACUAAUUCUCACAGAUCUUUAAGCAGAAUAGAUGUUAAGAUACCGUGAAGAAGAUAUGCUGUUUGCACUGCUAAGUCUUGAUAGAUUUUAUGCUGAAGUAGAUGAUUUGCUCAUUUCUAAGUUUUUUUCCCCCUUGCCUCUGUAAUCCCUACUAAAAAACAAAAGCCAGUGCUUAGACAUUGUACAGUCAGUCAUGUGCUGAAAGUGUAUGUGCUUGUGUUGUACUUGCUUCAGGACGGUAGUUUGCCGGGUUCAUUUUGUUAGCAUGAGUCUGAAUUCCGAUUGCCAAGACAAAGAAUGUUUCCUGUAGGUAUUUUUGUACCACUUGUAUAUAAAAUGUUGGGGGGAAGAAUUCUGAUUUCCAUUUUUUUGUUUUUUCUCCAUUUCUCCCCCCACCACCACCUUAAAGUUUCAGUGAACUGUAUUGAAAUGACCAUCACAUCUGUGAAGUUACAUGUCAUAAUUAUAUUGUUACAUGAUUUAUGGGACUAAUUGGGGCAGGACAUGAUGUAAGGGUUGUAUUGACAGUUCAGUUUGUUCAUAUAGCUUGGGAAUAAGCCCCCUGGGCAGUGUUUGAUUAACUGAUACCAAACAUACUGCUCAUAUUCUGUAAUUUUCUAGCUGUGUUCUUGUCAUUUGAAAUGCUUUCUUAAGUGGGUCCAGUUGAAAGGUGUAUUCAGAAUCUCACAUUCUGUGUGCUCUGUCACCCUUCUGGAUUAGAGCAUGUGUAGAGGCUUGGGAGGCAGAUUUAAUUCUGAGAUCAUGUUGUGUCCUUGAUUGGGUUUUUUCAUCAAGACUUGCAUCCUACACAGCCUCAGUAUUUUUAUUGUUAUAAUGACUUAGACAGUAUUUCUAUUGUUACAAUGCUAGCUGGCCAUCAAAAUCAGAAAACUCAAAGAAUGCACGCUUCCAUUGAUAGCUGGUCAGUGUAUCUUUCUGUAGGAUGGAUAGCAUGUUCUAGAAGUGCUGUGAGCAAGAACUUUUGGGUUUAGUAGUGUGUCUUAUGUUAGUGUGUCUUGUGGUAGGUGUUAUAGCAUGUUUGCAAUCAUAGUACUCUUAUUUGGGUUCCUGGUUGCAUUCUCCAUUGUGGAAGUCUAUUUUUCACAGGCUGUUUCCUCUUCAUGAGGAUAGGUCAGGGUGCAAAAAAUGUUAGAGAGAAGCUCUCCAGAUUGUGUAGUUUGUGUCUGUGUGUUUUGUCCCUUGUCCUCCUUAAAAGAUGAAGGAAGCUAAUUAUGUAUUUACUUUCUUUGACUUUGUUUAAUCUCUGAUAUUUUUAAAAUUGCAUGACUUUAUUAAGAUAUUCUUUAGGGGAAAUUACUUUUAUAGAUGCUUAUACUUUUGUAGAUUUUGAAUCAAAACUCAGUCCUGAUGACUUAAAUUUUUUUUUGUAGUCUAUGAACUAGUUUUCAUUAUGAUGGACUUGAUUAGUCCAAGUUGAUUUAAAAAAUUAUCAGGUAAUUUAAUGUCUUCCUGUCUUCAGGAGGCUUUCUGAAAGACUGAGCCUGUUGAUGGAAAAACAGUUCAUGUAUGAACAACAUGUAAUUCUGAAGAGCUUAGAGUGCCUUGUUACCUUUUUUUUUUUCCUCCAAUGUUAUUCUUGAAGUUUAUAACCUGAGGACCAAAUGGAUAAGGGACCGUCCUUUUCUUCUUUCUUGUGUAUAGAAGUUAAGGCUAUAACAUGUCCAAGGUUAUAAAUUCUGAGUCUGUUGGGGGAGAAUAGAAAUCCAGUCUCCAGAUCUGUAUUCAUGGUUUGUCCAGAUGUGUAUGGACAAAGGGUUUGUUCUUUUUUUUUUCUUUUUCUAUCAAAGGAACUCUUCUUUGAAACAGUUCUUUGUAGAAUCUUAGAGUUUUCCAAUUGGCAUUAAGUUAUAGGAAUUUUUUUUUUCUGUUUAUUUUGAACACAUCAGUGAGAACAGAUACAUUGUCCAGGCAGCCUUCCUAUUCUAUUUGUGGCAUAAGUGAAUAGGAGGUAUGUGUGUAGAUUCCUUCCUUCCCCAAUUAACAUUGAACCUUAGUAGUUUGGAAUAUUAGAAUUCCCCUGUCAUCUGUCUACUCUUGUCUUAGAACAUAAAAUACAUCAUGUUCUCUGUGUAUAUAGCAGUAGGUCAGAAUUAGAGAACUAGUGUCUGUAAAUAAGGAAUGACUGUUAGCAUAUCCAUUAGAAUUGUUUAUUCUUGCCACUUUCAACAUCGCUUUAUUUAGACUGGAGUCCCUAAAGCUUCCUUCCUGCUUCCCAGUAAUAGAUAAUGUGCUUGAGUAAGUAUGUGAAUUGCUGAAUGCAACUUUUCAGAGGACUAGUCUUCAUUAGAAUGGUUGUUCCCAGGCUGGUGCACGGACUGUCUCAGCUAGCAAGUUGUUUAUACUCUACAUUGACUAGAUGAGUCCCAAAUGAUGACAGUGAUCUGAAGAACAUGCAUAUCUUCAUAGUAAAGUUAAAACCGAGGUUCAGAAUUGACCAGGAGUGAUACGGAGUUAAAUAGGAGCUGAAAGUCAGAAUUAGAUGAGCAUAUUGGGCUUCCUAGGUAGGGGAAAAUACUAUCUUACCGGUUGUUGGUGGUGGUCCCGGUUCUUGGACUUCCGUCUUCUCAGGCGAUCUUACUUUGCAGAUCUUGUAAGAAGGGCUUGCUGCACUGGUGAGCAGAAUGACUUGACUUUGCUGUGGGACCUUUGGCUUCCCUGAGCCUCUCUAGGAAGAUGCUGUCCUGGUGCCCAGGAGGCUGAGCUGGUCUCUUCCCCAGGUCUGCAUUCCUCGGGAGGUUGCUGCUUCAGUCUGUAGUUCAGCAAUGGCAGGGGUGCUGUGUUCUUUGGCCUAAAUUCAACAGAUCUGAUCUCCAGGGGCUUCCUUCUCAUUGGCUCAAAGGAUCCAUUGUCUUUUUGCACUGAGACUGGCCAGGAGCAUACAGGUACUGAGUGAUGGCACCCUAAGAAAUUAACAAGAGACCCUUCAUUCUAUUUUGGGAGCAUUGUCUUGGGAGGGUUGUGAGUUAGUUCUGUAGUCUGGGUCUUAGCAGUGUCUUCUUGCAAACCUUUUUGAAGUUUUUUUUUUAGUUCCUCCCAUUUGUAGUCUGUGGCUUUUUUCUCUCCCAAUGGGUAUGUGGCUGUUCUCAGAGCUCUGACUUUUGAAUAAUGUUACUGUGCCAUUUUCAUUCUUACCUGCUAAUUAAACUGUAUUAUCAGCUGUUUACAAGGUUGGGUCCUUCAACAUUCCCACUUGGCAGCACUCCUUGUGUCUUCAUCUGCCUUGUAAUGACUAGAAAGGGACCAUAUGGCAGGUAGUAUUGACACGUUGUCACGAUUAUAUCCCAUGAUCCUUAGGUCUGCAUUGAGAGAACAUUGUGUAGCCAAAAAGGUUAUGUGACUCCAGAGGCUUGCCAGUUCCAGUUUAAGAAAUCAGAAUAGUUAAGUACGGUUGGUAAUACCUAGGUGGUAGGUGAACGAGUUGGUGAAAGACAAAUGCCUUCUCCAUACCUGCAGACCCAGUCAUGGCCAUUAGUUUCUAAUCUUGGCUAUUCGUGGAUGAAAGCCCUCUCCAUAGAAAUUAGGGUGUUUGUGAAUAAGAUCUGUCCUGUUAAACUCUGGUUUGAUGUUAAAUAUUGUAAAGUACGAAUUCAGUAACAGUAGGAUACUUGAUAGUGAUAAUUUAGUAGAUAAAUAUGUUUCUAGGUUUCAGUGUCUGUAAGAUUUCUCAGUGGGCAGGUAUUUGUUACAGCCUAGCCCAGUCUUUACAGAUGGCAUAUAUUUCUGUGUCCACUUACUGUUUAGAUACUGAUUUCACAUGUUUUCUUCACAUAUUGCUUCUCAGUUCUUUCCCUAUUCUUUCAGUAUUUAAAUUCUUAAUUUAAUUUUUUUUUUUUUUUUUUUUUUUUUUUUUUUUUUGUCUGCUUAGUUGUUUCAGGCCUGUUGUUAGGGUAUGUUUUUGCCCAGUAAGUUAGCUUCUGAGUACUAGACUUGUUUGGCUAGCCCAAUGCUACAAACUCUUUUCAUCAUUAAGGUCACUUUUCUGAAUUUGAAUUUGGUGUAUCUUUGUCACACUUCCCUGCCUGGAGAAACUGCAAACUACUUUGACAGUUAGAGGAGAAUUUAGCUAAGGUUCAAGGUAAUGAGCAGGCUUUACCACCCUGAUUUCCACACUGUUACUCACUUGGUCAUAGAAAUAUUUUUACUUCUCUCUAGUGCUGGGAGGAAGGCUUUCAACCAGUAGUUUCACUUUAAAGGGAUGUUGUGAAAAACUGAUGUAACAUGUGUUUGUUUCCAUUUUAACUCCUUUAUAAAAGGUGGGAUUAAAGGCUUUCUUCUUUGGUUACUUUUCCCUUCCUCCAUUUAUGCGGUAGCCAUCAGCCAGAACUAUCUUUACUCAUGAGUAAAGGAAAAGGCUUGGUGUGUCUGGUCCUUACUGAUCUCUUGCACUUUGCUUCUUAGAGAAAUACCAUAUCAUGUGAGGGUGUUUUGUGGUAGCCUUGUAGCGCCUGGAGUCGUGGGCAUGUAUGAAGCGUUGGUUGCUAGACAGAAGUCAUCUGAAGAGCAAGCCAAGACAAGGCACAGCAGUAUGAGAUCUUGGCUCCUGCCAGUGGUUUUGCUCUCCUAAGUGAUGGAGCAGGACAAAGCUGUGCUGUAAUCCUGGUGUGAUAGGAAAGCCUGUCCCAUUAACUUCAGGAUGAUUUACAGUCCGUGAACUCUGUAAAGGCAAUACAUACUACAGUGAUUUCAGGAGCAGUGCAAGGUGUCAGGAGAUCAUCCAUGACUGGGCCAGAGGCUCACUCUACUGGCACUGUUCCCUGGUGCUGCUGGAUAAAGGAGUGUUUGCUUUCUUUUUGUCCCCCUCACUGUUUUUGUGCAAACUAGGUAAUUUUUACGUUUAUCGGUGUAGCCAAGACUUCUGUAUGCGGAGUGUUGAGUACUGUCAUUUUUGUUGCAUGUAUUGGAAAUUGAAAUGAGACUCGUUGUUACUGAAACCCUGAAUUGGCAAAGGUGCCAAUACAUGUGAUACUUCAUGAUGGAACCAGCUUUGGAUUAGUGCCUUCUGGUUGCCAGUACUGACUCUGUUAGCUUGCACUUUUCCUUAAUAGACAGUUCUUAUUUGUUCAUCUAAAAUGUCAUCAUAAUUAAUGAAGGAAGUUGAAAAUAUACAUUAUAUUUACCUACUUUAUAUAUAGCCUUUAUUUAGGUUCAAGGAAACUAAGUAGCUCUAUUUGUAUUGCAGCUUAAAUUAUUUUUGUUUGCUUCAACUGUAUCCAUAAUGUAAAAGUUAAAGUUACUUAUCCUGAAUGUAUUUGUCUUUCCCAUUGUGGUUACAGCAGGUAGAUCUGAGAACAGGUAGCUGACAACGACUCAUUUUCUGUGAGAAGAAGUUGACGUCAGAGUCCAUGGAAAGCACAAAAUGAUGUCCACACUCACUUGUAUCUCCAUGUGUAGAAAGCACAGCGCUCCAGAUGCUCUAAGGAGCCCACACAUGCCAGUCAUCAAGCCAACCAGCUGUUUUGUCUCUGAAAGUCUGGACAUUAAGAGAGCUCAGUGUGGGAAUACUAGAGGAUUCCAGGUAGUCACUGAGUAAGGCUGUCCCACCUUGGUGGAGGGGGAUAGUGCGGAAGUUGGGGGUGCUUUGUUACAUUGGAGGGUUGGCUAGCUGAAUGCUAUCUAGGCUGUCCCCUGUAACCUGGGGUUGAGUCGUGGACAUACUUCUGGGUUUGUGGUGACUGUUAUGAAGCUGAGUUGUUUUGGAGUUGUUUUGUUCGUCUUAGGUCCUUAGGAGAUUUUUACCUCUUGAAAAUAAUGCUCUGAAAAGCAUGGAGAAACUCACAAUUUGGCAGAGCAAAUAAUACAAUUUUUGUUUGGGCUUGUGUGUAAGCAAUGACAUUUUUUUGGUAUGUGUGUGCUUCACUUAAUAGAAGAUUAACCCAAGUGUUCGGAGUGUCAAACUAAUCCUGAGAAAAUUGGCCACAUGAAUGCUGAGUGUGAAGGAGUCGUGCACUGAUCCUGUGAUCCCUUAUAAAUCCAUAUUAGGUGGAAUCUGUGCGUGAAGUGCAUUGCCUUUUGCUACUCUUCAUUUCCUUGGCCUGUGGAUUAUCCAUGUUUUUCAAGAACAAAUAAGUAUCUUUGUCUUGAUUUUCACCAUGUGUCAAAAGAUACGACUCCCAGAGUAAGACAGAAGUGACCUUUGUCGCUGCACUCCUGUUUUGUGAUCCGUUUAGGGAAAGAUUUAGUGAGCUCUGAUAUGCUGCCUGGAAGGAACAUUGUAGCUGGUUGUAAUCAAAUGGGUUUUAUAGAGUCUUCCCUCCAACAGAAUUCUAGUCAGGUGUUAUUUUAAAAUGUAAACCUCAGAAGAAGAGCCAGAGACACAGGACAGAGAAGUAUGAGGAACAUCCAUUGGCUUAGCCAAGUGUGAUAAUGUAAAGCAAUGAACACCUGUUAACUCUAUAGAUUAUGUAUUCUAUACCUUUAAAUAUGUUUAAAUUUAAAAUAGCUUGUGAGACUUUAAGAAUGCUUUUGAAUAUUUCUUUGCAGAGAUUCCUUCCAUUUAUAAUUCCAUGGAAAACUGCUUUAAUUAGUUUAGGUGGAAAAUAGUCCUCGCGGUGUAAAUAUGUGUAAUUAGAAUUAUUCUAAUUUCACAGUGUGAUCUCUUAACUUUUGAGUGGCAGACAGAUAAUGGAAUUUACUGUGGGGUUACUGAGAUGUUUUUGAUAAUGGCAUACUGCAUUAGUGUCAAACAGUGGUGUGGCAUCUGUGACCCUACAAGCCCCACCAUGGUGGCUUCCGUUUGUAGAUUGCCAGAGAGUUGAGAAGUAGCCCAGGGAUUUGCCCAUUCUUUGCUGGGCUGUCUCGUCUUCGGUGUCCAGACCUAUGUUGGCAAUCGCAGGUGAACUGUGUUAUGCUUCUCAGUUUUUUUUUUCUUUUUUGAUAAGAUGGAUAUCAAAAAUAGUUGCUGUGCAAAAGUUAGUAGUCUUCUUCAAGAAGAAAACAUUCCUUUCCUAAUAUCCUGUGAACUUGCUUCAUUCAUCCUUUAUUUUUAAGCCAAAUGUCAGCAGAAAACUGCUGUUUUUGUCUAGUCAUUUUGAUACGUAAGUACUAUGUGUUUAAAAAAGAUGUCUGCGUUGAAACUGUUUUCGCCCAGUGUCCUGCUUCUGAUGCUCUGAUCAGACUGUCUGGAAAAGACCAGUCAGUACCCCGGACUGGAUGUUGUACGUGUGUGUUACUUUAGUCUGUUAGGCAUUGUAGAUGAAAUGUGAUUAUCAGUAAAGUUGGUGAGCAUCAGCUUCUUGACCAAGUUCUUUUUUAAAGUUGUAAACAGAUUUGCAGUUUACCUUCCAUUGUCCAGAGCUUUUAGAAUUUUCAAGGUUUGACUAAUUGGGACCAUCACAUUAUACAGGGUUUUGGUUGCAAACAGAAAGUAGAAUUUGAUGUAAACUAGUUACUUCUAUGUGGGAAGAAAUACAAUUGAAAUAGUAGAUUUAGGUUGUUAAUCAUUCAUGACAACUUUGACUAUUCUAACCUACUGUAUACAAUCCAGUUUUUAUAAUUGUAAACAUGUAUGAUCAUGGUUUAAUGUGUUUUAAAAGUGUUAUUGUUUAAAAAUGGGAAAAAAAAAAUCUGCUAAAGAGCUGUCAGUUUUCGUCACUGACUCUGUAAAAUACACUGUUGUGUGUGUAUUGUGUUACUCUGCUGGCUGCUGCGUUAGCCUUCAGAAGUAUUUGGAAACUUAAAAUGAACUCCAUUUCUUGCAAAGUACAUUCCUUUCUGUGGUAUUUUGUCCUGUAACUGAAGUACAGUAAUAAUUAUUUUAUGGAAAUGUUAGCACUUCUGUACCAACUUUGAAUAAAAUGAGGAAUUUACAUUUC